CCGCUUCAUGAAUGGAGCCCACGUGACCAAACAUCAUGUGACGUCUGUGGAGCGGCGGCGGCGGCGGCGGCGGCGGCGGAUCCCCAGCCUGGUCCGGCCCAGCCUUCCCAGCGAGCUUGGCCCGGCCCGCGCAGGCGGCGAGCCCCCAUCCCGGGCGCGGAGCCCCGCGCGGUCCCUCCCCGCGCAGCCUCGGAGCGCUCGCCGCCCCCCGCCCCGGCCUCGGCCCGCCCGGCCCGCAGUGUGGUGGAGUGCCUGCUUGCUGUGCCCCCGGGUUAUGACGACCCCCAAUAAAGGAAGCAAGGCCUUGAAGGUGAAGCGGGAGCCUGGCGAGAAUGGCACCAGCCUGACGGACGAGGAGCUGGUGACCAUGUCGGUGCGGGAGCUGAACCAGCACCUGCGGGGCCUGUCCAAGGAGGAGAUCGUGCAGCUGAAGCAGCGCCGGCGCACACUCAAGAACCGCGGCUACGCCGCCAGCUGCCGCGUGAAGCGGGUGACGCAGAAGGAGGAGCUGGAGAAGCAGAAGGCGGAGCUGCAGCAGGAGGUGGAGAAGCUGGCCUCGGAGAACGCCAGCAUGAAGCUGGAGCUCGACGCGCUGCGCUCCAAGUACGAGGCCCUGCAGACCUUCGCCAGGACCGUGGCCCGCGGCCCCGUGGCGCCUGCUCGGGGCCCCCUGGCCGCCAGCCUGGGGCCCCUGGUCCCUGGCAAAGUGGCCGCCACCAGCGUCAUCACAAUAGUAAAGUCCAAGACGGACGCCCGGUCGUAGGGACGCACGCUGGCCCAGGCGGGUCUGGGAGGGGCCGUUAGGCACGCGGCGCAUCCGGCAGCCCUGUCCCCUUCCUCCUCCUCUCCCUGUCCUUCCUCCUCUCCCCUGCGAAGCACAACCUGCACCCCAGGGGCGCCGGGCUGAGCCCUUGAUCUCGUCGUCGUUGUCAUCGUGUGUUUUGUACGUUGGGAUUGGUCAGUUCAGCGGUGACUGGGGUCGCUCGCCCCUGCCCCCUUUGUCCCAAGGCCACAUGGCCUGGAACCCAGAGGUGGCCCUUGGGGAACAGAGAGAAGGAGCGAGCGAGCUGUGGGACUCGCGUGUCCCUGAGCAGGGAGGGCUCCAGGGCAGGGGCUGCUCGCUGUCCUGAGUGGCCUCCAGGCCCUGAAGGCUGCCGGGCUGGCAGGGGGCUGGGCAGUUCACUCACAGAUGGACUCUGCUCCUCGGAGCAGGGUGUCCUGAGGGCCCUGGACAGGCGGGCCACCAGCCUGGGUGCCGGGCAUGGGGCGCCGUGUGGCCGUGGGCCAGGGGCCUGGGCACGCUUGCCUGGCGCCUUGCACUGAACAAGACCAAAUCACUGGUUGUGAGCGUACGUGAGGGUGUGUCCAGUGUCCUGCGAUGGUCCGUGUCACUGUUUACAUGACCUAUUUGUGUGGUUACUAGCCCUUUAUUUAAAAGAGAGAAGUUCCUUUUACGAAGUUAUUAAAUUAUAUGUUUAAAAGCUAAAGGAAAAAAAAAAAGAGCUGCAGAGUAUUUAUAAAACUGUCUUUUUACAAAAAAAUAAGAAAAAAAACAAAGCAAGAACAUUUGACCCUAUAAAUGGAAAAGGGAAGAAAGUAUAAUAGAAACUUUGCUAGUUUAAAAAAAGAAAAAAAAAAAGCCCUUUCUUGUAAACUUACAGACAAGUCUUUGUGGCUGUUGAAGUUUAGUUUUUAUAUACACAGAGUUAUCAGAUGUUAUUUAUAAAACUUAGUUUAAAAAAGAAAAAAAAAAAAAAAGCCAAGCCGCGAGCGACCACAGGCGCGUCCCGACGUCCUCCUUGCUGACUUGCAGUUGUACCGAAAGUGACUUAUCCCCCCUCCGCUUCCGGCCGGGGCGCGUCGUCCGUGCCUGGUGAGGUCUUGUGCAGCGUCUGUGCUGGUGCUUCUGGUGACCUUUGACCUGUGGGUGUCACUUGUGUCUGUUUUCCUGUGUUUGUUUUUGGAUUUGGUUGUCUUUUGCUUCUGCUGGCUUGCUGGGCGGGGGCUGGGGUGCCGGGCGGGACCUGCUCCAGCAGUUUGGGAGGGUCUGUGCCCACCAGCCCGGCUUCCCCAGCCCCCCCCGCCCGCCCGCCCCAGGCUUCCAGGGGGUCCCACCCCUGCUGCCCUCGCUCUCGCAUGUGUGCGUCAGGUUUGGGCUGGUCCAGCCACGGGGCAGGUGAAACGGAGUUAUCCCCGGGGCCCCCCACGCUGCUUCCCUGCCCCCACCCUGGCCCUGGGUGGGGUUUUGCAGACCAAGGCAUCAGGGUCGGUGCCCACGUGGCCACGGCCACGCUGCCUGUCCCCCGCCGUCUUCCUUCUGGUGUCCAGUCAGCCUGCUCGGCUCCGGCCGCUGACCCCAGCUUGUUCCUCUAGGCUGCCCACAGGCCUCGGCUGGGGCAACCCAGGGCCCCCCUUUUCCUAGAACUGUGUGUGCUGCGGGGCGGUGCUUCCUAGGCAGGCCCAGGUGGUUUGGGGGCCCACCUGGGGUGGCUCCUGCCUGCCUGCGGGCCUGGGGGUCUCCACAGUGUCAGACAAGGGCUAGCCUCCAGGGCCAGGGCUGCCCCUCCUCUCCCCUGAACAUGCUGGCAGCUCGGCCUCGGCCGUCUUCCGCCUCCUUCGGGAUCUGUGUCUUCCAGGGAUCCGAUGAUCGGCUGCGGAGGUCCCUCUCGGGCUGAGCCCCUCCCCCUCCCCCUCCCGGCCGCUGGGGGAGGCAGCGGCCUCCCAGGUUUGGCUGGGAGAGCUCCUUGUGGCCCGUGACGGGGGCUCCCCCAAGAGGCUCGCGCCGUCUCUGGGCCUUGGCCUGUUAUUGGGGUUGCUGUUGGCUGCUUGGGGGCCCUGAAUCCCUGAAAAGCACAGACGUGCAGCCUGGCAGGGCCUCACCUGGUGGGCAGGAGGUUCUCAUCCCGCGUGCCUGUGGGAUGGGAGCAGGGGGUGCUGGCGGCUCCUGCCCUCCCGAUGGGCUGCUCCGCGUCCUGGCUGCUCAGAGGCGGUCCUGGCUGUGCCGGGUCAGCCUGCCGUGGAGGUUUUGACUGUUGACGCCAGGUGGCUUAGUGGCCUCCUCUCCAGGCUGCCUCUGACGGGUAGGACCCAGGCGACAGGUGGUGGUGGCGGUGGUGGCGGUGGCGGCAGCGUGUUGGAAUCGCAUGGUAACAGUCAGUCCCUAGAGAGAGGUCCUGCCCAUCCUGGGGUGGGAGGGACAGCAUCCAUGUCCAUGGGCAGCUCCCACUGAUGUCCUGCCCGGAGCCGGUCCGACUCUGUGCACAUCUGCCGGGCCGUGGACUGGAGGGCGGAGGGCGGAGGUGCCUGAGGAAGGUGAGAGGAGGGGGGUUGAGAGUGGGUGGUGCUGAGCAGAAAUUGCAGGUCAUGGUUUGGUUUACAGAAGCUUCUGGAGUUGGCGAGGCCAUGUCCCGGCAGGGUUUUGGGCUGGAAGCAGCUGCCCCUGGGUCUGGGGGAGCAUCCAGCCUGCGGGGCCCUCCACCCUCCCCUUCACCUCGGUCUCUUCACAGUAGGCUCUGUGUCCGCCUGUGACUGGUGUGUCUCUGGUCCUUGGUUAGAUUUUCCCGCUGUGAGUGUGUUGUGUUCCCUCUUUCUCUCCACUUUUCUGACACAGUGAAUCGAGGGCUUUGGCCAGAGCCAAGAAUCCCAAACGUGUCCACUAAGUAAACCAGGCUGUGCCCCCCUCCCACCCUGCCCUCACCCGACUCCUCCCUCACCCCAACACGGACUCAGAUUUCAGAGCAGAACCUGUGGGCAUGGUCAGCUCCUGCCCGGAGCCCAGCCCCAAGGAGACCCCCGGGCCUGGCUGCUGCUGCUGGCACUGCCCUUUGUACCGGUGGGAAGACACGGCUGCUCCUGCGGCAGCUACGAGUGGGCUGGCUCCUGGCGGGGCGGCCGCAGCCUCCGUGGUCAGUGCCCAGCCCGCAGCCCGGGCCGCCGUAGCUCCAGGCCCGGAGGUCCAGCCCGUCCGGUCCGGUCUCGGGGGCCUCCAGCUGCGAGGUGGCUGGUUGGUCAGAGCUCCCUCCACAGCUGGGAAGCCUGAGCCACAACCUACAGCACCAUUUCCGCCCCGGGACCCUGGAAGUUACUUUUUUAGGCUGUGGUUUAGUGAAAGGAACCAACACAUUAACGAUUUUUUCCCCUCAGAAGCCACUGAAUAAUUCUUUUUGGCGCGUUUUUGCCUUCCUGUUGGCCGCCUGGUUCGGGAACAGAUGGGCAGAUGGCCUGGCCCGGGUCCUGGGCCCGUGCUGCCCCCGCCCCGCCCCGGAGCAGCGGCCUCGGCCCAGCCCCUCCCGCCCACCCCUCGCCCUGCGAGUCCCCGAAGCCUUUAACCAAACGGGAGCGCGUGCAGCGCCGCCUCCUGGAUCUUAGGGCCACAGGACAAGGGCUGCCCGGUGGGCCCCGCUCUCCCGGCGCCGAAAGGGCGGGUCCUGGGUCACCGCGGCCGCCCGGGAGGCUGCGGCGGGAGGGUGCCGCCGGGAGGGGUGCGGGGCCUGGGCGCCCCGCCCCGCGCAGUAUUUAUUGCUAAGUUAUUGUCCGGGCGGCGCGGCCGGGCCCAGGUAUUUAUUGCUGUACAUAGUGUAUGUUUGUGACAUAUAAGGUUUUCUUUAUUUUGUAUAUGAUCAAUAAACACCUUUUAAAAAGA